AAUGAUAACAAUUCCCUUUUGUUAGUUGACCAGCGACAACCGAAUGAAUAAUACGUUUAUCCUUAAAUAUGUCUAAACUAGUUUUUGUGCUUUUUGUGGUUGUGGUGAAUGUUGUAUCCGGAAAGAUUGUUAACAAGUGGAAAUGCCCGGAAGUACGUGCCGCUCCUCACUUCGAUUUGGCUCAAAUGCUGGGAGACUGGUUCGUUGUGGAAUACUAUGCCAGUGCUGAAGAAGCAUUAUCAUACAGUUGCAUGAGAGCUGUCUUUACUGAGGACGAUCAUGUACAAGCUGAAGAUGGAACGAUAGAAUGGACGCCCGCUGUGACGAUGAAUUUUACCUACCGGUACGCAGACGAUCCUAUUGGCGAGACUUUGUAUGGAAAUAUCACUUGGAGGGUUGACCUGAAUGAGCCCGCACAUUGGACUCAUUCUGAACGAACCUAUGAUGGUAUUUACAACACAUACGUACUAGACACGGAGUAUAAAACCUGGGCUCUCCUACUGCAUUGUGCUGAGCAAAGAGAAGGAACUCGGUAUUUGACUGCAUUUGUUUUGUCCAGAACUACGGGACUGCCGAAAAACGUCAUGGCAUACUUGAGGGAUAAGCUACCGAGAUACGACGUCGAUAUCAACUACGUAUUUCCUAUACCACAUAAAGAUUGUUCCGACAAGCCAGCAAGACCGGAUGAUUCACCUGUCCUCGUGGAAGUUGGAAGCAAAGUACCUUUAAGACCUAAUGUUAGCUACAAGAUCUCUUUUGGAAAUUAGUGAAAUAAUUUAUUUUCUGUACAGAUAUCUCUACCGCCCAGUCAGUACAUAAAAACAAAUGAAUAACAUUAAAAUUAAAGUCUUUGAAAUGUGUAGGUGUAAUUUACACGUCUAUCUAUAAUUUGGUGUUGUUUUCAAACCAAUUUUUAUGUUCUCCGAAAAGCAGACUACAGGCUACUAAUUGAACGAAGUGCGUGGCCUACCUAAGCAGGUUAUAAGUAUUUAAGUAGUUCAAAGAAACCUUGCAACAUAGUAAUGAUAGAAUUUUAUACACUGAAAUCCAUUUGAAUAUUUUUUUUUUUUGAUAUAUAUAACUAUCGAGAAUAUGAAUAUAAAUUAUGUUUUGUUAGAUUAUAAGUUAGCGUAUCCGGUAAAUAAUUUAAAACUAUUUGGAACUGCAGCUGUUCAUAUUUAACAAAUUUUAUAUUCAUUUCA